UAAUAAAUGAUAUAGAGUAUGCCUACUAUCGAGUCCUCUAUUAUUAUUAUUUUGGUAAAGUAUUGAGUCCUUUAUUAUAUACAAGGCUCAUCGGAAUCGUCGGUCAUCACUCUAAGAAACAAAGUUUUUUAAAAAUGGGGAUCUUGCUCUGUUUCUUCUUGGUUUUGCUUCUUACUCUCGCAUCAUCAAACUUUCUUAAAAAGAAUACAAACUCAAAGUUUAAUCUUCCUCCAAGCCCUUCAAGUCUUCCAGUCAUUGGAAACUUACACCAUCUUGCAGGAUUGCCUCACAGAUGUUUUCAUAACCUCUCUAAGAAAUACGGACCAGUGAUGCUUCUCCGUCUCGGGUCGGUUCCGGUGGUUGUUAUCUCAUCGAGUGAAGCAGCUGAAGCAGUUCUCAAAGCUCAUGACUUGGAAUGUUGCAGCCGACCAAAGACGUUAGGGACAGGAAAAUUCUCUUACGGUUUCAAAGACAUCGCUCUUUCUCAAUACGGUGAGUAUUGGCGGAAAAUGCGGAAACUCGCAGUGAUAGAGCUUUUUAGCCUCAAAAGGGUUCAAUCGUUUAGGUAUAUCAGAGAGGAAGAGGUUGGACUUGUGGUGAAGAAAGUGUCUGAAUCUGCUUUGAGACAAUCUCCUGUAGAUUUAAGCAAAACCUUUUUCUCACUCACCGCAAGCAUCAUUUGUAGAGUAGCUUUAGGACAGAACUUCAACGAGGAUGGCUUUGUUAUCAAUCAAGAAAGGAUCCAAGAACUUAUUACCGAAGCAACAGAAGCUAUAGGGACUUUCACUUUCUAUGACUUCUUCCCUGGUGCACUUGGAAGAUUCCUAGAUUGGUUGUUUCAACGUCACAAGAAGAUCAACAAAGUCUUUGAAGAGCUUGAUGCUUUUUACCAACAUGUGAUUGAUGACCACUUGACACUAGAAGGAAGGAAAGACCCGGAUAUUGUUUCCUUGAUGUUGGAUAUGAUCGAUAAACAAGGAAACGAAGAUUCUUUCAAACUCAAUAUUGAUAAUGUCAAGGCUAUCCUCAUGAAUGUAUUUCUAGCAGGGAUAGAUACAAGCGCUGUAACAAUGAUUUGGGCGAUGUCAGAACUCGUUAGAAACCCUAGAGUAAUGAAGAAAGCUCGGGAAAAGAUUCGAACCGCCCUUGGGGACAAAAGGGAAAUAAUCACUGAAGAUGACCUAGGAAAAGUUGAUUACUUGAAGCUCAUAAUCAAGGAAACAUUCAGACUACAUCCACCACUUCCAUUUAUACUUCCAAGAGAAACAAUGUCUCACAUCAAGAUCCAAGGCUACGAUAUUCCCCCGAAAACGCAAAUUCAAAUUAACGUAUGGACAAUCGGACGUGACACCGAGCAUUGGACCGACCCUGAAGAUUUCGUCCCUGAACGGUUUACUGAUAGUUCUGUAGAUUUCAGAGGACAACAUUUUGAGCUGUUACCGUUUGGUUCUGGUCGGAGGAUGUGUCCAGCGUUUCCAAUGGGUGUUGCUACCGUGGAGCUAGGGUUGAUGAAUUUGCUUUACUUUUUCGAUUGGGCAUUGCCAGAUGGAAUGAACUUUGGAGACAUGGAUAUGGAAGAAACUGGUAGUAUCUCCAUUGUUAAAAAAGUACCCCUUCAACUUGUGCCCCUUCAAUGUUAUUGAUAUGGAGACCAAAAAGCUUGAUACCAUGGAAAGUUCACGAGCAUGAACGCAUGAUUUUUCAGGUAUUGUUGGUUAUGUAAGAAUUAAUAUUUGAACAGAAUAAAUAAAACUUUUUUUCUAUUGAUUCAACUGGUAGUCGGGUUACUGGUUUUAUUGAGUUUUUACAAGGUUUUGUAUUUUAACGAGUUUUUAAAUAAUAGAUUUUAAGAAAAACUCAAACCAAAUUACAUAUUGAGUUAUCAGGUUCGACUGUAGAUCUGGAUCGAGUUAAAAAACAUUUGAAUUGGUACAUCCUUUUUCAUAUACUGAAACUUCGUUGGAUACAGUUAUAUAUAGACUGUAUUAUAUUUAUAUAGUACGUUUACUUACUUACGAAAGUUUAAAUUUACAUUUAUAUUAUACAUGGUCUAUAUUACCAUAUACAAACGAUAUACAAAUGUAAAAGUGACUAUGUACACAUUUGACAUAUACUAAUAAUAUAUACAUUUCGUUUUGUGAUGUUUUUUGACUAAAUUUUGUUUUGUAAUGUUAUAUUUACAAAUUAAAUGUAAAUGUAAAAUACAUAUAAAUCUAUACUAUACCUAUGAUAUAAUAUAAUUUAUAAAUUUAAUUUACGAGUUCCACUUAGCUAUACGGAAUAUAGAUAGAUAGUAAAAAUAUCUACCGAUUGUAAAAUGGUGACACUUUUUCUGCUCCUUUAUUCAUGCGUCAAACUGCGCUAUUGAAUGAAGAAAAAUAUGCAGAAAAGUGAAACUGAUUUGGGGGUCAGUGGCUGGUAAGAAUACUCCAGGUUCAUGAUGAAGACAAAGGCUUGAUCGAGCUCGACUAGGGAUUUCCAUAAUGUGGUUUUAUUCUGUGAUAUGGUGGAUUUACAACAGGUUGCCCCUUGUUUCACCUCGUCAAACUGUCAAGAUGAUAACCCAACCAGUAAAAGCUUGAUCGAAUUAUGGUAAACAGUUGUUGAUUAAAUGCUUAUAUGCAGUCUUUGCAACGUUAAAGUAUGGUGGUGUGUCAGAUCACCUGCGUAUACAUAUUUUGCUUAGGGCUGUUUCCAGUGCAACAUGAAACCAUUCAAGUUCUUUAAUCAUACUGCCACCCAUCCAAGAUUUCUUGAAGUUGUAGCUGAGUGUGGAAUGAAUCAAACCCUCUCUACUAUUCUCGGCCUGCUCUAAAGAGGUUACAGAAGAAGCUAAAAGCACAUUAAAGAAUCGCUCCAUGGGGCAGAGACUCAGGGUUACCAGCUACUAUCUUACUUCGCAAUUUAAAGCAAUACAAAAGCUAUGGUUACAUGCUACCGCAACAUCACAAACAAAUAUGACACAUGCUACUACUACAAUUAAAUGAAAGAGUUUGUUUUCAUGAUUUAAGCAAGAGAUGUUGAUUACAUUUUUUAAAUAAAUGUGGAUUUCUCGUUUUAAAGAAAUAAAAGAUGAGUUCAAAAAUGUAAAGAAAAAAUUACCGUCAAGCAUUUUCCAAAAUAAAAAUUAAAGUCAAGAGUUGUAUAGUCCGGACGGACACAGAGAAACCUGCUAACGUCCACCACAUAAGAGCAAAGUUGAUUAGUAGACGACAUAAAAUUAAAAAAUUAUAUUAAAACAAAUCUCAGGUCUAUAUAAAUACAAAACAUUGCCCUAUUCAAACAAUCACAAAAACCAUAUUUUACAAUUUGAACAACCGCAACGAGGGCGCCUAAAUCCGUAACAUCCUAUAUAAGAUACUAUCCACUGAAACAAAAGUUCACAUAAAACAAAUAUUCAUUUAAAUAUUAAAACAAGAGAAAAAGACCA